AUGCCUGCGUCGACGAAGAGAAAGGCGCCGGCCAAGCUGGCGGCGCCCGUCGUCAAGUCGAGCGCGAGACGUCCCACCAAGAGCUCCAUCAACGAGUCAAAGGCCUCCGUCUCGGCCACGGACACGCUGCCGUCCUCGGCCGUCGACAUGAUCGAGAUUUCGUCGGACCAGGCCAGCGAGGAUGACGUCUCGGACGAGGAGGAGGACCGAGAGUCCGAUGGGGUCAACGGCGGCAAGGAUGGUGCGAAGCCGUCCGCCACCCCCCUCGGGCUCCGUGGCAAGACCGUCGGCCGUGACGACGCCGACGCCGCCGCCGAAGAGUCGGACGGCGAGGCCACCUCGCCCUCCUUCGGCGAGCUGCUCCGCAACAACGAGGCCAUCGACGUGCCCGCCCUCCUCCAGCAGUCCGGCGCCGCCGGCGCGGUUGCCGAGCGGGCGAAAACCGUCAUCGUCCCCCCCUCGCACCAGUCCCUCACCACCGUCCUCACCCAAGCGCUCCGGACCGACGACACGGACCUCCUGGAGUCCUGCCUCCACACGACGGACCUGACGACGAUUCGAAACACCAUCGAGCGCAUCGACAGCGCCCUCGCCGGCAACCUCCUGACCAGGCUGGCGGCCAGGCUCCACAGACGACCCGGCCGAGCCGGCAACCUCAUGACCUGGGUCCAAUGGACCCUCGUCUCGCACGGCGGCGCCUUGGCCUCGCAGCCCAAGGUCGUCCACAGCCUGAACGGUCUGCAGAAGGUCUUGGCCGAGAGAGCAAAGGGGCUCAACAGCCUCCUCGUCCUGAAAGGCAAGCUGGAUCUGCUCGAGGGUCAGAUGAACCUGCGAAAAAAGAUGCAGCAAAAGGGCCCUGGCCUGCUGCAGCAGGGCGAUGCCGACGACGACGAGGAUGCCAUCUGGGUCGAGGGGGAGACGGGCGCGUCAAACGGUGUCCGCUCACGGAGGAAUCGAGACGACGACAGCGACGACGACGACGACGACGACGACGCUCCACCCGAGGCGAACGGCUUCGUCGGUGCCUCCGACGAUGACGACGACGAUUCUGUCGACGAGGAUGAUGACGAGGACGGCGACGACGCAGAUGAACCACUGGACGAGGACGAGGUCAUCCACGACGACGUCGACGAGUCCAUGGGCGAGGACGAGGAGAGCGACGUCGAGGCCGCCGCGCCGCCCUCGAAGCUGCAAAAGGUGACGAGGUCCUUUGCGAAAAGAAAGUAA